AUAUAGGCAGCUGUAUUGUAGCUUAAUUCAACAGACUCAAAAUUUAGUCAAGUUGAAAUAUCCCCUCUAUUUUGGGACCACUCUUUUCUAUAUCUAUUGCACGAAACUGAACAUCUCAAGGGGACCAUGGUUAUGUUGAAGAUCUCCGCUUUCCUUGUUGCCUACGCUCUGAUUAUUUGCCAGAUGUACAGCUCUAAUGCAGCUCCUGCCAGGCCUGAACUGGAAUCAUCACCAGAUCGUACUACACUUACUGACUAUGAAGCGAGAAGAUUGCUGCACGCAGUCGUCAAAGAAUACAUGCAGAUGACUGCGGAGGACAUGGAGCAACAAGCUGCUGAGGAAAACAGCUUGGGUAGACCGGUGUCCAAGCGCUGCUCCAGCCUCAGCACUUGCGUGCUGGGGAAACUGUCCCAGGAGCUGCACAAACUGCAGACAUAUCCACGCACCAAUGUAGGAGCGGGUACGCCGGGCAAGAAGCGCAGCCUGGAAGAGAGUGAUGUGUUGGCUGGAUACGGAGAGGCGCUCAAUCCUGUCUAAUCGGCAGCGGCUGUAAACCCAUGCUAGGCCCUGAUAUGCGAGUGCAUGUGGAAGUUUGCUUGCCUGAUUGACUUGAAAGAACAUUUUUUUCUACUUUCUUUGGCAGAGUAGCUAUUAUCAGACAGACUCUGUUCCACUAAUUUUAUAUAGUCACUGGAUCUAUUUGGGUUAUAUAACUGAUUCAUGGAUUUGGGGGGCUCUCAUUGGUAGAUAGGGCAUAACCAUGAGCUUUUUUUUAACCCACAGCAAAAUUCCUGUCGUGUGUGAUUUGACUUUGUUCUUGAUCUAAUAAAGAUAUUUUUAGAAGGAUAUCUUUCUUGCUUGUUGUUUAAAGCUCAGAAAUGAGCAACCAUUUUAGCUUGAUAAAAAUAACACAUAAUCAGGCAUAAGUACCCGUUUUAGGUAAGAUAUAUUACUGCUUUGUCAAAUAUAUUUAAAACAUACAUUUUCCACAUUUCAAAUUCUUAAUAUGUUGCCUUCAUUUCUUCAAUGAAUAUUUCAAUUCCCAAUAUUUUUCCCUCUUUAGUGUUACGACACAGAAGAGAGCUUGUAACACGGCCACAUGUGUGACCCAUCGCCUGGCAGACUUCCUGAGUCGCUCAGGGGGAAUUGGAAGCAGCAAAUUUGUCCCCACAAACGUGGGCUCCCAGGCGUUUGGCAGACGAAGGAGGCUCAGUCAGGAGUAAUCAACAGAAAGGGUCUUACUGGAAUGGUCAGCAGUCUACACGUGCACAGUUCUUCUUUGGUUGCUGUCAAUAAAAGAGAAAGCAUCAUGUCCACAUUAUGACUCCUGGGAAUGGAAACUUCUCAUUUUCAUCUGAAUGGACUCCAGUUGAUAGCACUGAUCGUUUCCAUCCAGCCAGACAUUAUAACUGCUUUUUAUUUUUUAUUUUUUGUCUCUUCCAUGAAGCAACAUAAAUAAA